AUGAGAGCUGUCCAGUGCUGCCCGCUGCUUCUUUGUUCCCUCUUCCUCUUAGCUUCACACAGUGAGGCCCUGCAGUGCUACACCUGUAUGGGCUCCAAUAACGACGACUGCAACCGACAAGGCUCCAAGAUCUGCCCCAGCUACUCUGACGCCUGCGCUGUGGUGUUGGGCCAUGACAGCGGGGUGAUGAAGUCAUGCUCGUACCGGUCAUUUUGCAGCCAGGCCUCCAGCCAGGGAUACAGAGCCCCGGGUGUCCGAGUCCACUGCUGCUACACCGACGACUGCAAUGCGAAGGGCCGCGCUGCCGAGCUGCCAGGGCUCGGCUGUCUGUCGCUGCUUCUGCUUCUGCUCAUCCAACUGCUUGUUCUAAACUAG